GGGAGAGGCGGCGCGGCGAGCUUGUUCAGCUGUGCGAGGGCUCGGAGGGUUCAAUCCUGCCGAGGCUCUCUCACACACACUGCGGCCGUGGGCUUUUUUAUACACACAAUGAGGCUAAGAUGCCUGGGGUUGGAGCCGAGGCCACAGGCUCUGGGUUCUCACUCUCCGAACCAGUACUUCAUCCCUGCCUGGGACUCCGACCCAGUCCCUGGUCUCGAUGCUCAGAGCGGCUGGCCGCCAUCAUCAUCAUCAUCUCCGCUCUUGAUAUAUGAGGAUCCAUGGAGUCCAGCUGCUGAAAUCCUCAGACCUUGGCCGCCAUAGUCUCCUCUAUCUCAAAGAGAUUGGACAUGGCUGGUUUGGCAAGGUUCUGCUGGGUGAGGUCAAUGCGGGCCUCAGCACCACCCAGGUGGUUGUAAAGGAGCUGAACGCCAGUGCCAGUGUCCAGGAUCAGAUGCAGUUCCUGGAGGAGGCGCAGCCGUACCGAACCCUCCAGCACCCCGCCCUCCUGCCCUACCUGGCUCAGUGCUCAGAGGUCACUCCUUAUCUGCUGGUUAUGGAGUAUUGUCCUCUGGGUGAUCUGAAGAGCUAUCUGCGCAGCUGCCGGGUGGCCGACUCGGAGACUCCUGACCCUUUGAUCCUUCAGCGUAUGGCAUGUGACAUUGCCUCAGGGCUUCUGCAACUCCACAAAUACAACUUCAUACACAGUGACUUGGCCUUGAGAAACUGCCUGCUAACUUCAGAAAUGUCAGUUAAGAUCGGAGACUACGGCCUUUCUCACAGCCGAUACAAGGAUGACUAUUAUGUAACACAAGACCAGAUGUGGGUGCCCCUGCGCUGGAUUGCACCCGAGCUCAUAGACGAAGUCCACGGAAACCUGCUGGUAGUUGACCAAACUAAAUCCAGCAACAUAUGGUCAUUGGGGGUGACGGUGUGGGAGCUGUUUGAGCUGGGCAACCAGCCGUACAGACACUACUCGGACAGACAGGUGCUGACCUAUGCUGUGAAGGAGCAGCAGCUCAAACUACCCAAACCCCUGCUCCAAUUCCCCCUGGCUGAGCGCUGGCAUGAGGUGAUGCAGUUCUGCUGGCUGCAGCCGGAGCUGAGACCCAGCAGUGAGGAAGUCCAUCUUCUGGUCACAUACCUGUGUGCCAAAGGCUCGAGUGAGGCUGAGGAAGACUUUGAACAACGUUGGAAUGCCUUGAGACCCAACCUGUUCAGCAGCACCUCCCACACAGCUGCAUCCACAGCCCUAGUCCUGACCCCCACACCUGCCUCAGCUGACAUCCCCAGUCCAGAGCGACCUCAGACAGUGGAGCUGGCCUCCUCCGCCUCGUCCUCCUUCCCCCUCCUGGAGCACUUCUCCGACAGCUUCCACUCUGACACGGGGGAUGACCUGCUGACCGUCACAGAGACCAGCCACGGUCUCAACUUUGAGUACAAAUGGGAGCAGGCCCGAGCCGAGCAGCCGUACUGCUCCUCCUCCACCAGCGGGGCACUGGGCCAGGGGAACCCAUAUUACCAGGAUAUCUUCUACUCGAGGAAAGGACGCUCCUCGGGGGGCUGCCAGACUGACAGCCUGACAUCAGGCAUAUCCCCUUCCUAUUAUGAACCUGAACACCCGGGUGUGCUCCCAGUGUCGAGUGCCCACAGCCCCUCGGUCAGCAGCCAGUAUUACAUUCGCAUAGAGGAACCAAUGGAGUGUAACAUUAACUUGGAUGACAGCAGCAGCAGGUUGUCCUCUGAGAGUCGGUCUGGUCAAUCCAUGGCACAGCCCAGUGCUUACUGGUCAACCGACCACAACAAAUCUUCUGCCUACGACUCUGAUUCAAGCCCCACUGUCCAACUCAACAUGGAGCCACUGCUGAGACAGUCAUCCAGCACCAGCCCCGUGAAGCUCGGCCACUCGCACAACUGCUUCUCAUCGAGUCAAGACCACAACAUCUACUGUGAACAAUCAUCAGCAUACAAGCCCCUCCAAUCCUGUCUGUCUCCACUGGAUGCCUCACCAGAGUCCAGAUCAAACCUUGUCCGUCCAGUUGGGCGUUUAGAAAACCCUCGCAGUUUAUCGCAAGCAGUCAGCAGCCCGAGUUUGGGCUUCUGUGACCCCUACCUUGAAGCAGGCUCAGGCCGGAGCACGGUGAACGAAAGCUGCCUUAAUACGAUGGGUCCCCCCAGAAAGACACUACCCAUUGUUAACCACAUCAGCAUUGAUGUCGGGACCGACGGCGGUCUGCUGGUGGGCCAGCAGAGAGGUGGCGACAUUGAGGAUGACCUUUUCUCUGAAGGGGAGGCCACAAACUGGACCUCAAACCAUUCAGCCAACAACAAUAGCCUGAGCUUUGACGGCCGGCAGACAGGCAAUGGGCAUGACAGCUAUCUGGACCUUCAAUACACGGCUCACUCUAACACAGCAGAAUUAUGGUCUUUAACCAAGGCCACCACCAGAAGCUUCCACGGCUCCAGGUUUUGUGGAACAUUGGAGGCUGAAGGAGGAGACUCUGGUUGUUACGCUGCUAGCAAGCCCAGUGAAUUAGAUUCAUACAUUGAUUUAUGUCACAAAGAAAAAGAGGAAGCUGCCACUCAAGCAGAACAUAACUCAACUGCAGAACAUCUAAGAAGUAUAUAUUCCUUUUCCAGCUCAAGUAUUAACGACAGAAGUACAGAGUGUCGAGAAAUGGAGGGACAAUAUGAAAAGCAGUUCAUGCUGAAGGGAGAAAGACUGUACUCGAAGCCUAAGAUGAUACCUGAGGCAAGUUAUAUAAAGUCUCCAUCCUCUUUCAAGGAGGCUCAGAGUGGUCAGACAGCAGCAAGGUCAGACAAGCAGCAAGGUCACACGUGGGAGGGAGUUUCAACAGGACUCCCGGUUGGUCUUGGAGACAAGAGGCUAAACUAUCCAGAUACAUCAGAGAGCAGCAGAGCGUUGGACAGUGGAGUGGGGGUCAGAGACUCCAGCAUUAACCUGGUUGAGCUUGGGGACUUUAGUGAGGAUGACGACGAUGACAUCACCGAUAUUAUGUCGGGGAUCUUUGCCGACUUCAACCUGGACUAUGCUGAGAUGGAGGAGGAAGCGCUCAGCCCACUAAAGCAUCCAGAGGGCACUCCUCCUGACUCCGUGGACGACCUCAACCUGUCCUCAUCCAUGGCAAGCCCCCGUCAUCAAGCCUUCAGCCCCGAUCCCUUCAACACCCCUGUCCUGCCCAAAUCCCUGGACAGUGGCUAUGACACAGAGAACAAUGAAUCCCCAGAGUUUUUCUUCAAAGAGCUUGGAGAUCCUCGGGGUGGUGAGAGGAGCCCGAGGCUGGGGGGAGAACCAGAACUAGUCCUGCAGGCGGGUUUGGGACAAGUGGUCUGCACUUCCACAAGCACCUCAGUGCAAAAGUUAAAGAGCCUGACUGACAAGAACGCAUCCAGGGAUUCAGCCUAUUUCUCAGACUAUGACGCUGAAAAUGAGAGGAGCCCUCAAGAGGAAGGCGGUACCUUCUUUUUAGGUCCGACUGACUGUCCUGCUGAGGACUGUAUCUCUAUCAAAGAUGAUGCAAUUGUGAAAAGACAAUUAAACGACAAACAUUUUACAAACCUGACGCACAUCAAAAGGUGUGUUGGGGUGACCCAUCCCCUCCCCACCCCUGGGAUGUCCAUGCUGUCACCGUUUCCUCCAGAGAUGGGUGGCUGCCUGACUCGAGAGGCUGGCCCUGCUGAUGAUGACCUCGGGUUGGAGACGGAGCCUUCCUCACAGCUCAGCUCCACCAUCGGCUCCGAGGCCUCUUCCACGGCCCAGGAGGCCUCAGGGAACCACGAUGAGGGGAACAGCAGAGCAGACGAUUAUUCUCCCGUCCAGUCUCCGCAUUCUGACUCCACCAUAUCCGACUACACAGAUGAGGCCCCCAACAAAAAUGAAAGUGGUGAUGGAUCCACAGAGGAAGAGCUGCCCGGAUUGAAUCACGUCAAGGAAGAGACGGAGGACAGAAAGGAGGGCGUGGGAGUAAACAAGGACGAUUUUGAGGACAUAGACGCCGGGCAAUGCGAGGAGAGCUUAUGUGAGCAAUCUAACGGUCCUGUGGAACUCUCCUCUUCCUCGUCACUGUUGGAGCUGUGCGGAGAAGACGUGAGAGCGCCGCUGGAAGAGGCGGAGGAUGAAGAUGAUUCAGACGACAGCGAGUCUGACGAAGAGUUGAGGACUUAUAACAUCCAAGACGACGACAGUGAGGAGAGUGAGGAGAGUGAGGAGGAUUUCACCCCGGUGCCAGUGGUGGUGAGCGACUGCAGCCGGGCGAGUCACCUCCGCAGUCUCCUGAAGAUGCCCAUGUUCACCCAGAGCUUCUGUGACGAGUUGGAGGGGAAGAAAAAAGCGGUGUCCUUUUUUGAUGACGUCACGGUGUUCCUUUUUGACCAGGAGAGCCCUACGGGAGAGUUGGCCGAUUACGCCUUCUCCACUGGAACAGAGUCCAAUGGAGAGGGAUCUUCGGGAGAAAAAAACACCGACCGCGAGCUGCAACCCGACCCCGGACUUGAAGUUCGGUCCUGUGAACCAUUCUGUGUUUCUGAAGAAACAGAUGGCAACAACUCAGAGAAGGGUGGGGCUUCUGAAUGGGAAGAUGAAGUCUUGUUAGAGCCUCAUCCGUCCUCCCCGGACACCAUCCUCGAGCCCCCGUCCUCACCCACACCCCCCUCCAACCGUCCCGAGGCUCCAAAACCUGCAGCUGUAGCACUUAACCGUUUCAGGGUCUCCCGGUUCUCUAUCACACAUGUGUCCGACCCCCACAUGGGCUCAGCUACAGGUAAUGGAGAAGAUGACCCAAAAGAUUGAUUGCCCCCAUGGUCGUGACCGGAUGAGUCCUGGUCCUUCUCAACACAGAAAAGUAGCAGUAUUAUAUUUUAAUGUUUUACAGAGUUUUAUUUUUUUUAAACAUUUGGAGCAUCUGAGCCUAGUGACCUUUUAUGAGACAGAGCCUCAUAUUUUAGUGAAACCCCCUUGAUUAUUUGCACCUUUUUAAUUUUAUUAAAGGGAUAGCUGCUGGUGCAGCAACCUGAGACAACCAAGCGAGUGGAUAAAGUUCAGAUCAUAUUGUUUGCAGAAUUAAAACACACAAGUAUUAGUUCAACAUACAGUAUAUUUGGAUUUCUACAGAUAAUUUAGUUAAUUUCUAAGAACAUAAAAGAAAAUAUAAGGUGAAUAACAUUUUUAAAGACUGUUUGUCUUAUUGUUGGUGCCAGAGAACAAUGCUCGAUACUUGUUGCAUAAAACUAGACUUUAUAAACAGCCGUGGGUGGUGGGGAUGGAGUUUGAAGAUGGAGGUGCUGGAACUUAUUUUGUCCCUUGAUCCAAAUCAUAUCCAAAUCAUAUUGAUGGUGGAUUCGCUACGCUUUGUUAAUGGAAAUAUGAUGCAGGUUGUUGUCACUCUAAUUAUCACCAACAAUCACACCUACAGUAUAUGUCUAGAGUUACCAUAUCUGUCUGAAGCACUUUGUAUAGCCAAACUGGGUCCUUUAUUAUAUAAAUGUUGGCUCUAUUCAUCCCCCUAUCCUGGAAUGAAAAUAUCUAAACAUGUGAGGUUCCUUAUGUGUCCAGUGCCAGCCACAGUUUCACUUUAUUUGUGGCAUAUUAGCUUUGUUUAUGUGACAUUUCAUCAGCAAACGUGACACCAAAGGGAUAGAGGGGUGUUUCAACACAACCAAGUCAGUGAACUGUCCAUAUGCCAUUUAUUUUGAAUGUCUACUUCAUGCAUUUUUUUCAGAAUCUAUGUAUUGUCCAUAGUGUCGUACAUAACGUAUUCUAUUAGAUUUGUGUUGAAUGCCUGGAUCUGAGGUGUAACAAAAAAAGAAGAAAAGACGACACUCUAAAUAUGACAUAUUGUACGAAUGUUCUCUCAACACGUCGCAGGUAGCUUGACUUGAAUUACUACUGCUGUAUCGACGGCUCCCUCCCCUCCUCCCUCCUUCUGUAGCUCAAAGUGCCAAUUCAGUUUCCUCUCACCUUGCCUUCGAAUUUCGGCAAAAAGAGAACACUUUGCUUGUAUUUUUGUACGAUUUGAAAAAGAUGCAAUCCAGGAUGACGAUCUCUAAAAUUUGCCGGAGAUAUUACAAGGCCUAUUGGCUAAAGUGGCAGACACCUUUGGAGAAGGUGAGGUGGGUUUGCUGUGCACCGGUAGUAACAUCAUUGCUGUUCCAUUCCCUGUCACUCAUUGCUAUUGUACUAUCCCAAACAAAUAAAUCCAAAUACUUUUUC